AGCUAGGGUUGCUGAUGCAGAUCGAACGUACAGGUCUAUUAGUAUUGGCAUGAGCGUGCUGCGCCUCUGCUCAUUCCUGUAGCCUUUGGCGCUUUAACCGUGUGUAUGUGAGUCUAUUGCACGACGGGGGAUACCUGCGCUUCAUUGGAGGGAAGGCCCUCUUGAACGAUUGCACCUUCUGCCUGGUGCUGUGCAACUUUUGCUGGCACCUCGCAGCAUGGCCGAGGCUGCAAGAUCUCCCGAUGUUUUGGAGCUGAAGAUCAAGACUUUGGAUGCACAGGAGUUCGCUGUGCAUGUCAACAAGAAUGCCUCCGUUCCAGACUUGAAAGCGAAGGUUGCAGAAAAUGGUGGAUGUCCAGUGGAGUCGCAGCGCCUCAUCUACCGGGGGAGGGUUCUGAAAGAUGACCAGACAGUCUCGGAUUACAACAUUGAGGACGGGCACGUGCUUCAUCUUGUAGCCCGCCAGCCCCCUCCCCAGAAUGAAGAAGAUGAUGAAGGCCCCCCACCGCUUGAGGAGCUGGGGCAGCAGGACGUCACGUCGCACAUCUUGGGCUCCAUUGCAAUUGAUGGGGCGGAGGGUAUCCCAAACCUCGAUCAGAUCCUUUCAUCAGUCUUCAGCACCUUCGGCAUGGCAGGCGGCCUCCCAGUCCCCUCAGCUUUCGGUCCUCUGGGGCAGGCGGUCGGUGCCGGUGCCACAGGAGACGUGGAAACCCGCACCAUCGAAAUGCACUUUGACAUCCCGAAUGCCGCCUUCGCCGGACAGGGCUUUCAGCCAGCCAGGGCCGUCCCAGUGGCUGCGCCGAGCCGAACGCCCGGACAGGGAGCGCGGGGCCGAGGGGACACUCUGUCGAUAAUGAGCAACUUCAUGAGGCACCUUGAGAGGCGAAUGCAGGCACACAUUGAUGUUAUGCGCCAGCACGGUAGCACAGCUCCAGGGAACCUUUCACCACCUCAACCAAGAGCUGCGACCACUGCGACAGCGGGUGGCGCUACAGGCGCCUCGACCUCCACCGCCCCGAGCGCCUCCAACGGUGCCCCAGAUGAAGGGAAUGCUGCAACUCCGCCGGUGCCAGCUCCUGCUGCUACGGUCCCCGCCCCCGCUGCGACCGGCGCGCAGGGUGGGGGCCGAGCUCCGGGCGGCGGCAGAAACGCUGCCAAUGCUUCGUCCAGAAGUGCGCUCUUGGCAGGGCUGCUGGGCAGGACGCAGACACUGCUGCAGCAACAGGGGGAUCCGCUCCUCUCGAUUAUGCACGAGCGGCUUGCGAACGAGGCCUCCAUCGUGGACCCUGGCGAUCGCGGCUCCAUGCAGGCUGAUCUGCAGAUUGGGGGAAGUCUGCUACAAGGCCUGGGAGCGCUCCUCCUGGAGCUGGGACGGGCCACCAGAUCCGUCAACCUCAACACAGAGCCGGGCCAGGCUGCAGUGAAUGCCGCCUCUCCUUUCUACAUCUCCAACACCGGCAUCCUCCAGGGCCUCACCAACCCCCCCAGCGCUGGCGUUCCCCUCCCCCAGCCCCCACAGGUCCAAAUUCCCAACGCCGUCGUUUUUCAAGUCCAGGGGGCACCGCCCGCGGUCCCCCUCCAAGUGCCCGGUACCCCGGCCCAGGUGGUUUUUCAGCUCGCGCCCCAGCAGCACGGAGCCCCCAGGGCGUACGCCCCGGGCGGCAUCGGCGUUCAGAUGGGCGACCCGCAAGGGGGGGGCCAGGCGGUGGGCCCCAACGGGGGGGUCAUGAUGCAGCUGCUGCCGAACGGCACGCUCGCGCCGCUCCAGGGGGGUCCCCCCGCCGGGAGCGUCUUCGUGGGGUCGGUGCCGGGCAACGCGACGACCACGACGCUGCAGCAGGCGUAUCAGGGCGCGCAGGCGGCGCAGGCGCAGCAGCAGCAGGCGCAGAGUCAACAGAUGCAGAACCUGCUGGGGAGCCUGCUCGGGGCGUUCAUGCCGCCGCAUGGGGGGGCGGCGCCACCCGCAAACGGUGGACCAAAUGCACCCCUUGGUACGCAAUCCGCUGCGGCAGCUUCGGCUGACGGAGAGCGGCGCGCGGGUGUGAAUCGCACAACCGAGGGCGGAAACGGGCUUUCGGGCAGUGGACAGACUGCGGGGCCAACCGGGACGUCCGCACAGCAGGGCCAGUCGCGGCAGAGAGUUCAGCCGACCGGGGCCCUGCCUGGCGGCCAACCGCCAGCCGGGGUGACAAUCGGGGGUCCAGUCGACGGGGCUGCGCUGAUGAACCUGAUAGGACCAAUUAUGCAGCAGCUGUCUGGGGCGGGGAUGAACCUGAAUUUUGGCCCAGGGGUUCAUGCUGGGCCGCAAAGCACUGGGGGACCGCAGCAGCAGCAAGAGGGGGGCAGCGGGCAACCAGGGCAACAGCAGCAAGGGCAUGCGCAACACUCCCAGUUCCGCUUCCCCGCCCCAGCUCCUCCGCCGGGCGUUCCAUCCGGCCAGCCGCAGCAGCCCCCGGCAGUCCACAGUGUCACCGUCACCCGCAACGUCUCGGUUCCGGGGGGCAAUGUGCGCACCACAACCACGACGUUUGCAGUGCCGGGCCCGCAGCUGGAUAGCAACCCCGGCGGCAGCAAUAAUACGCAGUCGAGCACUCAGGGUGUCCAGAACGUAGCCGGUGGAACCUCUCAGGGGCAGCCAGCAAGUGCAGCGCAAAACGGGGCGCCGGAAGCAGCGCCAGCGGAACGGGGUACCGGUCAGCAGAGCGACCAGGGCGGCAAUCAGGCGAACAGGGGCCUCAGUGCGGCAGCCUCGCCAGCAAGCGGAGUCGGUAUUGAGGGCAGAGGAGAGGCGGCCGCAGCAAACGAGGGGAAGAAGGAGGAGUCGCAAGAAAAGAAGGAGUCUGCGGCUGUCGGAAGUGGCGCGGAGCCCGCUCCGGAGGCUUCGAGCGGAGGCGGGAGCGCUCCGAUGGGCUUGGGCGGGACGGGACUGCAGCCUCUGCCACCCCGCUCGCGCCGACGCCCGGCGCCCCGCACUGAGCAGCAGGGCCGGGACGGUCUGUCCGCCUUGACCCAGAUGCUGCAGGGUGGCCCCGCCGCCGGCCCCUUGGCCCCUCCUCGGGGCACUCCCCCGGCCCUUGGUGACAUCAUGGGUUCCGUCAUGCAAGCCAUGGGCGGGCAGGGCGGCGGGGGGGGCGGCCUCGGGGGAGUGCUCGGGCAGCUCAUGAACAACCCGGGGGCCGACCAGAUGAUGCGGCAGGUGAUCGGGGACGAUGCUGACGGUGGCGCGGGUGACGCUCCUGAUCUCGGCAACAUGAUGUCACGGAUGAUGCCCAUGGUGGCGCAGAUGCUCGGCGGCGGCGGGGGCGGCGGUGGGGGGCCACGUUCGGCGGGCGUGAGGCAGCGGCAGGCGGACAGGGAGGAGGGCUGGCAGGAGGCUCUGUCGGAGGAGGAGCGCGCGCGGUGGGAGGCGACGAUAGCCCAGGACGAAGCGGCACAGGCUGGAGCGGGGCCUCAGCGGCCGCUGAGCGACGCGUAUCUGCGGGGCUCGCCGGCCAAGCGCCAGAGGACGGGGCUUGACGGAACGGCGUUCCUAAUGCAGAGUGCGCAGAACCCGGGGGAUGUCUUGGAGUCGAUGGCGCGGUCUGUGAGGAGCGAGUUAGCGAAAGAAGGAGAGGCGGCGUUUAAGGAAGGCUCGAAUGAGGGGCUCGUGUCGGGUGUGAGUCGUGAUGAGGACUUGGCGCAAGCGUAUGUGACCACGCUUGUGGAGGAUGCAGUAGCAACAGCCGAGGAUGACCGAGACUUCGGCGAUGGAAGCAAGUAUCCGAAAACGAAAGAGGCGGGGAGUAAAGAGAAGUCGUGACGAACCGUGAGAGACUUUGUGAACGUGAAGGUCUGAUCUUCUUGGUCACGUCAUAGAGCGUCCCAUUCCUAGGAAGCACUUCCACAGUGCUAAGAUUCUUGUAAUAGGGAUCAAUGGCAGCUUCAAUCGCAAUGCAGAACUCUGUGUAGGGGGACGAGGUUUACUUGCGAGGGUAGCAAAGGUAGCCAAAAAUUCUCAACUUGGAAUCAAGGGUUACUUUUGGCGGGAGCUUUUCGUGUACCAAUUGGAGCAUGGUUGCUUGCCUGAUCA